AUGUUACGCAACAGGUCAGUGGGUUGGGCUUUUUUAACACCAUUUACAUUCAACGAAUGGAGAAUUAACGCGGGCAUAUUCACCCAAGCAGAAGCAGCGGCCGAUGUUCCUCGCGCCGAAAUUCCCCAACCCCGAUCCAGGUUGCGCCGUGCCAUUGGAUUCACCUCUCUCGCCACAUUUGCAUUCGUUAUUGGAGCCUCGGCUGUGCCCAUUGGGAUUGCCAGCACAGUAACGCCCGACACCAUACCCACCGAUGCGGAGACUCUCGAGGUCUUCCAGCCACCCGACGAAGCCUCGCAGAGGAUCGAGGACCAUAUUAGGACACAUCCGUUAGCACAGAAGAUGCGCAGUCUACCCAAUUACACGGAGACCCGCCCGCAUUUGAAAUUCCCUCAAGAGUUCCGCGGUCGACAUCUUAUUGCAGGUACGCUGCUGGGGCCCAAUCGCAUGGUCGUCCCUCCAUACGUGUUCUACGAGAAGUCCGGGAAGGAUUUAGUAGCCAUCACAUACCUAGGCCAGGAGGUGUGCGGCCAUCGAGGUAUAGUGCAUGGAGGCAUGUUGGCCACCAUGCUAGACGAGGGAUUGGCACGCUGUUGCCUCCCCGUCUUGCCGAGUGGUGUCGCCGUGACCGCAAAGCUCAGCAUCGACUACAAAAAGCCCGCGAUUGCCGACAGAUACAUUGUCUUGCGAGCCGAAACUAUCAAGCAUGAGGGCCGCAAGGUAUGGGUCAAGGGGCGCCUGGAGACGCUGCCCGAAGGCGACGAGGAGCCCGUUGUGCUGGUUGAGGCAGAGGGCUUGUUUAUUGAGCCGAGAUAUGCAUCGAAUAUAGAUGGAAUAUAUGGGCAUGGCGCGGCUGCGGGUGGAGCCCGCGUGAUGGCGGAGGACGGAGACGCCAAUCGCAACUCCCAAAGUCCCCCAAGCUUCCCAGAGCUCUCACUUCAACCUCAAUCUCAGCCUCCAAGCGCCCGCCGAAAUCGUCUUUCCUGGCGCCCGCUUCCUACGAGCGUGCUGCUCUCGCUCCCCACCUCGAUCGUGCCCUCGCAUCACCGCGACGAUGCACUCGAAGCCAUUUCCUCCACUGUCAAUGUCGACGGCUCGGUCUCGUCCUUCCCCAUCCCCGAAUUCAAGAUUGGCACCUUGGAUGCUUUGGUGCAGCAGGCGGAGGAGUUGGCCAAGCUGGAGGGUGUCUGCCAGGCGGUCGUGGGGAAGGUGGGCGAUGCGCUGAAGGGUGUCCUCGAAAACGACGAGGAGCAGAUUCAGAGAAUGAAGACGGUGAACGAUAAACCCGUCGACCAGUACCUGCGUACGUUUCAGUGGAACAAGGUCAAGUAUCGUGCCGACAGGUCGAUUGGUGAAUUGAUUGACCUGCUGAAGAAAGAAGCUGCUAGCAUUGAUAGCGAUAUCCGGAACAAAUAUUCCCAGUAUAAUCAGACCAAAAACACUUUGGCAACGUUACAGCGCAAACAAACUGGUAACCUGGCCUCAAGGUCUCUUGCCUCCAUUGUCGAUCCAAAACUACUUGUCCAAGAUUCAGAAUAUCUAGAAACACACCUCAUCGCGGUCCCAUCUCAGCAAGUGAAAGAAUUUGUGAAUAUAUAUGAAACGAUAGCUCCGAUGGUGGUGCCGCGGUCUGCAAGCCUGGUGGCCUCCGACGACGAGUUUAGUCUGUAUGCCGUGACGACGUUCAAGAAACACAGCCAAGAGUUUGCCCAUAAAGCCAGGGAGAAUAAGUGGAUACCGCGCGAUUUCAAAUAUACAGAGGGUGGCCGUGAAGCAGAGGCAAAGGAGGUUGAACGAGUUAAUGGCAACGAGCGCAAGCUAUGGGGCGAAACACUUCGACUUGGCCGGACCAGCUGGAGCGAAGCAGUUAUGGUUUGGAUCCAUGUGCUGGUUUUGAGAGUGUUUGUUGAGACUGUACUUCGAUAUGGUCUACCUCUGGAUUUUGUCUCGGCUAUUGUUCGGGCAUCGGCAAAAGGCGCCGAGAGAGCGAAGAGAAACUUGGACGACAAGUACAAUUAUCUCGCGGGCAAUGCGUUCGGCCGCGACAAGAAGGGCCGCGUCAAGAAGGACGACCCCAAUGAAAUGCAAGUGGCCGGCGAAGGAGGUGGAGCGGAUUAUACACCAUAUGUGUAUUAUGAGUUUGAGUUUGAAUAA